CAUUGGUUGUGUGUCUUACUCUUACAUCUUCUUCUACAUCUUAAAUCAUUCUAUCUUCUUCACUAAGCCAAUUAAUUGCUAUCUCCUAAUAUAAUUCUCUUCAACUAUUCAUAGUUUCUUUGAUUUGUUUGUAUUUUUCUUCUUUUUUCUAUUUUGGUAUUACUUUUUUCUAAUAUACUUGCAACAAAAUAUGAAGGAUAGAUCAAUGGAGAAGUUUGUGGUGUUUCCAUUUUCUAUAGGUUGUGGUUCUGAGUCAAGUGUUGCAGUGGCAAAAGCAAGCAGCAGCCAACCUGCAGCUGAGAACAUGAAAAGUUCAGUUUUAAGUCAAGUUCCAACAAAAAGACAAGUUGGAGAAGAGAGUUCAUCAAAAGUGAAAAUAAAUGGCUUUUGGGGAUAUUAUUUGGCCAGACGACAAUUUUCUCAAGGCGUGCAGACGUUGAAAAGGAGUUUCAAAGGUUUCUCUCAGUUAUUUGUGUAUAAAGAAGAGAUUGAAGAAGUGGAAAUGGAGAUGGAAAUAGGGAACCCAACAGAUGUGAAACAUGUAACACACAUAGGAUAUGAUGGAUCCACAAAAAUAAUUAAUCCUAUCAAUGGCUGGGAUAAUUCAAAAUCACCUGAUUUACUUUCUUUUCCUAAUUCAAUCUCCAUUAAACAAUUUGACCUUGCUAUGGCUUCUCAAGCUGGUGGAUCCUCUAGGUUUUAGUAGCGAUAUAGUUGCUGUACCUUUUUCUUCCAUUUUUUUUUAAUUAAGGUUGCUGCCAUAUGAUCAAGAGGUCACGAGUUCGUGCCGUGUAAACAUGCAGAAAUGUAAGGUAAGGCUACAUAGAUCUUUGCGUGGUCCGGUCCUUCUCGAAGCCCGCGCAUAACGAGAGCUUAGUGUACUGGACUGCCGUUCUUUUUAUUAGUUUUUUUUAAAGCAAUUAUUAGGUUUUCUUUCUUUCUUAAUCGUGAAGAUUUUUUUUGUGCCAUAAUGGAUUUGGAAAUGGCCUCAGUUGAGGUGUUCAGUUGAUCAUUGAGGACAAUUUAAAUGAGUUUUUUAUG